AUGAAGGGACUUCAGAGCGGGAUUUCCAUGGCGAUGCUGGCGGCUGUCGCCAAGGCGCAGGUGAUUGGAGGACCGAGUGGAAAGGACAUCGGCAACGACGUCGACAUCCCUUUCACCAGCACGUUUUCGUCUUCCGUCAAGGAGGAUCAUAAGGACAACCACGCGGUGGAUGUCAACAAGGAGAAGACCGUCGUGGACCCGCCCCAUGGGCACCACUGGAAGAGGGAGGAAGUCAAGCAAACCGGCGACGGAGACACCGGUGGCACCUUUUACUGGCCCCAGACGAACGAGCAGUCAUACUCGACCAACGACGAGCACAACGGUGAUCACCAUGUCGACGUGAAUGAGGAUAAUGUCGAGGUCGUGAAGCCACCCGUUCACCCUUAUCCUCACCCUCAUCCUCACCACAUCCCCAGAGGAGGUGCCGACGUGAUCAGUGGACCGGGGGGUAUCGAUACUGGGAAUACCGCGGACAUUCCGUUCACGAACAAGUUUUCGUCCUCUGUUGACGAGAAGUACAAGGAUGAUCACUCCGCUACGAUCGACAAGGAGAAGACGAUCGUUGAUCCGAAGCAUCACCGCUGGGCUCGCCACCAUGGCGACGUGAUUGGUGGACCGGACGGUGUCGAUACAGGCAACACUGCCGCUAUCCCCUUCACCAAUGACUUCUCUUCGAGCGUCGACGAGAAGUACAAGGAUGACCAUUCCGUCGAUGUCAACAAGGACAAGACUAUUGUCGACCCCAAGCACCCUUGGCUUCACCACUGGAAGAAGGACCACGGCGAUGUGAUUGGUGGCCCAGACGGUAUUGACACUGGCAACACCGCCGAUAUUCCUUUUACCAGCACCUUCACGUCCAGUGUUGACGAGAAAGCUAAGGAUGAUCAUUCAGUGGAUAUCAACAAGGACAAGACCAUUGUCGACCCCAAGCACCCUUGGCGUCACCACUGGAAGAAGGAACACGGCAAUGUGAUUGGUGGCCCAGAUGGUAUUGACACUGGCAACACCGCCGAUAUUCCUUUUACCAGCACCUUCACUUCGGGCGUGAGCGAGGACUACAAGGAUGAUCAUUCAGUGGACCUCAACAAGGACAAGACGGUCGUCGAUCCUGCGCAUCCCUGGCGCCACCACUGGGUCAGGGGCGAGGGCCACGAUCACGAUCACCUUCAGGGCGACGUCAUCGGUGGCCCAGAUGGUGUUGAUACUGGCAACACUGCAUCCAUUCCUUUUACCAACACUUUCACAUCCGGCGUGAGCGAGGACUACAAGGACGACCAUUCAGUGGAUGUCAAUAAGGACAAGACGGUUGUUGAUCCUGCGCAUCCCUGGCGCCAUCACUGGGUGAGAGGCGAGGGCCACGAUCACGACCACCUUGAGGGCGAUGUCAUCGGCGGUCCAGGUGGUGUUGAUACCGGCAACACUGCCGCCAUUCCUUUUACCAGCACCUUCACAUCAGGUGUGAGCGAGGAUUACAAGAACGAUCAUUCUGUUGAUGUCAACAAGGACAAGACGGUUGUUGAUCCUGCGCAUCCCUGGCACCACCCUUGGGCCCGGGGCCAUGGUGAGGAUCACUUCGAGGGAGAUGUCAUUGGCGGACCCGAUGGCAUCGAUACAGGGAACUCCGCAAUUAUCCCGACGACGAACAGCUUCUCGUCUAGCGUCAACGAGGACUAUAAGGAUGAUCAUUCUUUGGAUGUCAACAAGGAUAAGACAGUUGUCGAUCCGGUGCACCCUUGGCACCACCCUUGGGCCCGGGGCCAUGGCGAGGAUCACUUCGAGGGAGAUGUCAUUGGCGGGCCCGAUGGCAUUGAUACGGGCAACUCCGCGAUCAUCCCAACAACUAACAGCUUCUCUUCUAGUGUCAAGGAGGACUACAAAGAUAACCACGGCGUUGACGUCAACAAGGACAAAACAGUUGUCCCCGGACACCUCGGCCCGUGGCACCACAUCCGCGGGGAGCCUUUGCACGGGAAGGUGAUUGGAGGUCCUUCAGGAAUUGAUACUGGAAAUACUGCUGAUAUCCCCUUCACGAACACGUUUUCCUCUUCGGUCGCUGAAUCGGCACAAGACGACCAUUCCAUUGACGAUGACUUCAAGGGCACUCUUGUCCGCCCGCAUCACUUUGCGCGUCGGGGUGGGAUCUCUGGCCCCUCUGGCAUCGAUACAGGGAACACCGCGGACAUCCCUUUCACCAACACAUUCACCUCUACUGUCGAUGAAGCUUACAAGGAUGAUCACUCGCUUGAUGCUGAUGUGAAGGAUACUGUUGUUCGACCCCCGGCACACCACCACUGGAAAGCUCGCGAGGCGCCGGGACACCACGAAGACCAUGAAGUGAUCGGUGGGCCGUCUGGUAUUGACACGGGGAACACUGUGGAUAUCCCUUUUACGAACACAUUCUCGUCGUCUGUUGAUGAGGCGUACAAGGAUGACCACUCGUUCGAUGCUGAUGUGAAAGACACGCUUGUUCAUCCUGGACACCACUGGAAGGCCCGCGAGGAACCCAAGCACCAUGAAGGCGUCGAGGUGAUUGGUGGCCCAUCUGGUGUGGACACCGGAAACACGGCCGCAAUUCCCUUUACGAACACAUUCUCGUCUUCAGUUGACGAGGCAUACAAGGAUGACCACUCACUCGAUGCCGACGUGAAAGACACCCUUGUUCAUCCAGGACACCACUGGAAGGCUCGCAAGGAACCGGAGCACCACGAAGACCAUGAAGUGAUCGGUGGGCCAUCUGGUAUUGACACGGGGAACACUGUGGAUAUCCCUUUUACGAGCACAUUCUCGUCUGACUACACCGGUUCCUACACGGACGACCACUCCCACACCUACAACGGCCAUGUCAUCGGUCACCGCCGCGCGGAUGACUCCCUCAUCAGCGGGCCUUCAGGGGUAGACACCGGCAACUCAGCUUUCAUUCCUUUCACGAAUACCUUUUCGCAAGAUACCACUGAGUCUUCGACCGACGAUCAUUCUGUCACGGGGAACUUCGACGAGAAUGUCGGCGGUCACCAUCCCCAUAUUGACUCUCGUCCGCAUUAUACGCCCCGGCACCGGCCCCGGCCCGGCCCCGCUCCUCCUGUCCAUGAAGCCGCGGAGCCGCCUGUCCCUGCUCCUGAGACUCAUGCGCCGACUCCCCCUUCUCAUCAGACCCAUGCGCCAUCUCCUACUCCGCUUGAAGGGCCGCCUGCUAAGCCCACUCACCAGGCUCCGGCUCCUCCUGCGCCUACCCAUGAAGCUCCAGUUCCUCCUGCGCCUACUCAUGAGGCACCCGCCCCACCUACCCAUGAAGCCCCGGCUCCUGCGCCCACCCAUGAAGCUCCAGUUCCUCCUGCGCCUACUCAUGAGGCGCCCGCGCCGCCUACCCACGAAGCUCCGGCUCCUGCGCCCACCCAUGAAGCUCCAGUUCCUCCUGCGCCUACUCAUGAGGCGCCUGCUCCUCCAGCCCCUGAGGAGGCCUCAAACCAGGACAAGGUGCAGGAACCCGCGCAGACAUCCAGUUGCUCACCAACGGUGCAUGAGGUUGUGCGCACGUUGACCCACACCCUCCCUGUCGAGCCAACCGAGAGUUCUGAGGCCCGCCCUGAGAUGGUUGAUACACCCGCUCACAGCACCCCUGCCCAUGUCACCGAAGCGGCGACUGUGUCAAGCAACACCCCGGAGAAGGGCCACCAGAAGCCCACUCAGACUGCUGCGCACUCCGCUCCUACCCACAGCACCCCGGUUGAGGGUGUGGACCCCGUAGCUCACACCACGCCUGUGCACAGCGCUCCGACAGAACACCCCCAGAGCGCUGUCCAGUCCUCCCCAGCGCACAGUGCCCCGUCUCAUGUCUCCGAGCCGAGCAACCCGUCUUCUCCCUUCAGCUCCAAUCUCGAACAGAUCCACCACGUCCCCGGCAGCGAGGCAUCAUCCGCAGCGCAACCUCCCCAGGCAGUCACCUCUGCAGCCUCGGCCCCCGCGCCCACGGAGCCCGUAUUCAUGGAUAGCAUCGCAUCCACCAUCACCGUCCAGGAAGCCUCCACGUUACACAUGAUCCCCGUGUACGUGCCGGUCCCAUCUGCGACCUCCCAGAGCGAUGCCGCCCACAGCAGAAUCCUGGAUAUGCCCAGCGCCCGUCCCAGCGGUGUCGAUGCCUUCCAAACAUCCAUGCAAUACAGCGCGCCUUCCUCCACCCCCGCCCAUGGCAUCAUGUUCACCGGCGCCGCAGCCCCCAUGGCUCCCGCCAACGGCCUCUUCCCUAUCAUCGCCGGUGUCGUGGCGCUUUUGGCCAUGAUUCUGUAA